UCCUCAUCCCAAUUCUUCAGAAAAAUUCCUCCUUUUCUUGGGUCAUCAUCCACCACUCGUAUUCUUCUUUUGACCGCUAUUUCCCUUUCUUCUAAAUCCUACUUUAAGCCUUUGUUUAUCACAUCUUACAUUUCCCCUCCUUCGUUUACACUUUUCUCUAGUGCUUUAAUCACGUGUGCCAUACUCGGUCCACGUUCUCGUGCCUCCCUCCCCCUCCCUCUCUCUCUCUCUCUCUCUCUCUCUUCUUUUGACAAUGAACAUAAGUCCAAAUGCAAGCCCUCUCUUCUUCUUUGUACAAACGUCUGAGUUUGACAUGAUGGACAGAGCUUCAGCAGCAAUGGAGACGCCAAAAUCUGAGACUCCCAUGCCGUGCGAAGCAAGAAGACAAGGAGGGUUGCCUCUUCCAAGAGCAGAACCCACAGCCUUCAUCGGCAAGCACAGGUUGGCUGCUUCCAUAGCACAUCUCCAAAACCAGAUCAAUAUCAUUCAGGAAGAGUUGGAGGAGCUUGAAACCAUGGGUGAAUCAUCUCUCGUAUGCAAAGAGCUCAUUUCAAGCAUUGAAUCCAUUCCGGAUCCACUACUUCCAGUGACAAAGGGUCCUUCAGAUGUUGGCUGGGAGCGGUGGUUCCGAGGUGACCACCAUUCACGACGCAACAAGCGGUGGAUCUAAAGGCUUUGAUGACAUUUGUUUGAGGAUGCAACUUUCAACCGCAAACUCAGAGAGAGAGAGAGAGAGAGAGAGAGAGAGAGAGAGAGUAACAUUCCUGCUCUGUAUUAUCUCAUCACAUUUGUGUACACAUCUUGAAUUUUCUCAUUGUAUGCUUUCACAUUGACUCUAAAUACCCAAAAUAUAAAUAAUGCAAAAUUUUUUUU